AUGCCUUACACUUUCUUUUCUGGACCAGUAAUUUUGGAGCCAGUGUCGUUCGAUGGCACUCUGCCCAAGUUGGUAUUAAAUCCCUCUACUUGGACCAAGGUUGUAAGCAUCAUCUUUCUGGAUUCACCAGUAGGAACGGGUUUUUCUUAUGCUAAGACUGCACAAGCUUCUCAAUCUUCUGAUUUACUAGCCUCUGAUCAAGCUUAUGAAUUUAUCAGGAAGUGGCUACAUGAUCACCCAGAGUACAAGUCGAAUCCAUUCUAUGUUAGUGGAAUCUCGUAUGGGGGCAUUCCUGUUCCAAUAUUAACUCAACUUAUAUCAAAUGGAAACGAGGACGGCAUUGAACCAUGUAUUGAUCUUAAGGGAUACAUACUUGGAAAUCCAGUGACGAAAGCUUCAGGACUUCUGAACUAUAGGGUUCCGUUUGCUUAUGGGAUGGGGCUGAUAUCUGAGUCCUUGAAGGUUAGCUGUAAAGGGGAAUAUGAAAUCAUAGAUCCUAGUAAUCCAGUGUGUUCGAAAAAUAUGCAGGCAUACAAUGAGUUGGUUCGUAAUAUUGACGAUGAACAGAUCUUGAUUCCCGUAUGUCAUCCCCUUUCACGAGAGCCAAAUAAAUUAUUUACUGGUGGGAGAUCCAUUAUGCAAAUGUUGUAUGAGAAGUUUGAAGAGCUAGACGUUCGGGAAUCUACUCCAGUCAAAUGUCGAAUGGAAUGGGUUAAGCUCGUUGAGCACUGGGCUAACAACAAAAGUGUCCAAGAGGCCCUCCAUGUGCGAAGGGAAACUAUCGGACAGUGGUUAAGAUGCAACGAUACCUUGCCAUACAUAGAAAAUGCAGGGAGUGUUGUAUCAUAUCAUGCAAACCUUAGCACUAAAGGUUAUAGAUCCCUUAUAUACAGUGGUGACCAUGAUCUGAUGGUACCGCACAUUGAAACUCAAGCAUGGAUAAGAUCUCUACAUUACCCAAUUAUUGACGAUUGGAGGGAGUGGAUUCAUCAAGGCCAAGUUACCGGCUAUACAAGGACCUAUGCAAAUAGGAUGACAUUUGCAACAGUGAAGGCAAGAAAUUCCUGUUUCUAUUGCUUCAAUGCAAGAUUUGUUCACAUGGCAACAACUAACAACAUGGAUCUCUCUAUUUAUGAUGAGCCUGGCAACAUCGUUCAAAUCCUGCUAGUGCUAAGGGGAAUGGGGCACAUAUGGGUGCACGGGCUCAAGUUUUUGCCUACUCAUAUGGGAAGGAGGAAUGCCAGGCUCAAUCAAUAUGGGAAGAUGAGACGUGCCCAAUCAACAAAAACCUCGAGGAGAGAUAGAAGGUGA